AUGAUAAUUACAGGGGAUGAUACAGAAGAACUAUCUCAACUUCAAAAGCGAUUACCAACUGAAUUCGAGAUGAAGAACUUGGGAGGACUAAAAUAUCUCCUGGGAAUAGAGGUAGCCGGGUCUAAACAUGGCAUAUUCCGCUCACAAAGGAAAUGUACUCUAGAUUUGUUAUCGGAAGUAGGAAUGCUAGAAUGUAAGCCUGCGGACACUCCAAUGAUGCAAAACCACAAACUGGGCGAAUAUCUGGACCAAAUACCAAUGGAUAAGAGGAGAUAUCAAAGAUUAGUUGGCAAGCUAAUUUAUCUCUCUCAUACUCGACCUGACAUUGCUUAUGCUAUAAGUGUAGUCAGUCAGUUUAUGCACUGCCUAAGCGAGGAUCACAUGGAUGCUGUAAUUCGCAUAUUACGAUACUUGAAGGGUUCCUCUGGGAAGGGGAUCAUAUUUUCAAAAAACCAUCACUUGAGGAUUGACGGUUAUACGGAUGCAGAUUGGGCAGGAAAUAUCUCAGAUAGGAGGUCUACUUCGGGGUAUUUCACAUUUGUUGCUGGAAAUCUAGUUACAUGGAGGAGUGAAAAAACAAAAAAGUGGUAG